AUGAAUCUGUUGGGGGUGUUCCAACAAAGGAGAAAGCAGAAGGGGGAGGGGGAUGGGGGCGCCUCCUCAGUGGGACCGCACUAUAGGUCGACGGAGUUGUUGGAAAAUAUGCCACAGGAGCAGCAGAGAAAUCUGCGGAGAUUGAGGCCGAAGCUAGGUCGAAGCAAAGCUAUCAAGCAUGCUGAUUUCAGCACUGGGGAGGGGUGCUCGGACGAGACUGCUGUUAGAGGAAUAGCUGUGGCCGGUUUUGAGGGACGCCGGACCCGCUCCACUGAAGUCCAGCCGACGGCAACGCUGGCGUCGCCAGUGUCUCAUCUUUCCUACUCGAGCGAGACUAGUUUUCGCAUCAGCGGGGAGGUAGAUGGGCAGUUCGCCAUGCUCUGCCACAGCCUCGGUGUCAGUAGCGCGGAGGACUUCGCCAUCACCCCCGCCGAUUGGUUGGCGGCUAGUAAGGCUUGCUCUUCCUCCAUCGGAGAUGAUGACAACAAUUGUCGUACCGACAACAGUGGAAUCGAUGCCAGCACUGCUGCCGUGGACAACAGUUUGAAUCCUUCGUCAGCAGAGCAUCGGGCUCCACCGGAGCAUGGGACACUGGAGGCUGAUGGUCGUGAUGCAAUUCCGGCUGUGUCCCGUUCUCGAAAUGCAGUUACCGACAUGCAAGAGUUUUGUAGUAAAUAUGGUCCUGUUGGACGGGGUGGGAUUAAAGGCACGCGCCCUUCAUCCCUUACACCACCUCCUCCUAUGUCACUCCCGACCGUCAACAAGGUGAGCUCGACCUGGGACUUAGUCUGGUCGCUGGCUCCUGAUGAUGGCCGUGAUGUCUGUGCCGUCAUUUAUCUCGCUGAGGAAAGUUCUUCGGAAUCUGUGGAAGAGAAGGAAACAGAGGAAGAGAAGAAUGGAGACUCCUUGGAAGUGAAUGUACCUCACUUGGAAGAUGAUAAACAGGAGAGGGAGGGAGUGACAUGCAUGGACAUCACAUCCUCAUGCUCAUUUUGGACGUCCAAUGAUGAAGAUUCAUGCAGUACUACUACAGAUGGUAUCUCACCCAAUAUUAAAUCGAAGCUUCACAUUGGUCCUGGUUCCUGGACGAAGGGGAAGUUACUUGGGAAUGGGUCAUUUGGAUCAGUGUAUGAGGCCUUCACUGAGUAAGUGAUCUUUCUUCUUUUUCUUUUCUCGUAAAAUGAUUAUUUUGUGCACUCUAACUCCUCUGGUUUACCUGUCUGCUUUACAUAAACUGCUUUAGCUUUACAAUCCGUCAAUAUAUCCGUGGUUUAUGCUUGAAUAGAAAAACCUUGGCUGAUGAUGUCGGUCACUUCUCCUCCUUUUCGUAACGUCCCUAUUCAUUCUCUAUAAAUUUCUUAGAGUUUAGUUGAUGUGCUAUUCCUCCCGUUAAAGUUUAAUGUGGUUAAAACUGAUCAUUUUCUAUGAAGGUAAUCCUGUAUUUGUCGACAGAGCGACUUUGAAUCGCAUCUGGAUUAUCACCGUGGUUGUUACUGGUUUGUGCGCCUGCAUUUCAUUCUAGAUUGCAACAGAGACAUGGGUCCAAGCUUCAAUUAUAAAUUUAUCUGUUAAAUCAUGAUUUAUGAAACCAAUCAUAAAUUCAAUCAUGAAACUCGUAAAUCUUAAGAAUUCAGUUAGGUUCUUCACAUACGAAUUUGUUUGUAUCUAAACUACUAAGUGCAAAUUCCUUGGCCCAGACAUAUAUUUUCAUUAAUGAGAGUGCGUCUCAAAGUGGCAAAAUUUGGGUUCAGAUCGAGCAACCUACCCUGUAUCCUGACCCAGACGUCAAUCAAGAUCCAGAUCAUUACUAGUAGGAAUUAGCAAUAGUUACAACCCUACUCCCAAGAAAGAAAACGCUGGGUGAUGGUUGGAUAAGUUAGAGAAGCAUAUCCUAUCUAAAAUCAAACUCUGGAACUACGUUUCAAUCAUUUUACUUUUUUUUGGCAAUAGUCACCCAUCAUUAACCUUUUAUUUUUAGUGUAGUUUUUUUUCUGGAUAGUGGAUGAGAAUCCCUCUCACGUUUGGUUUGAUUGUGAUAUGAUUAGUCUACUUUCUUAUCUGGGAUACCCACAGAAUCAUCUUUAUUCCGCUUUUCAACCCUUAAACAACAGGGAAAAUAAAGAAUGUUGGGCUAGUAAGGAACCUGUAUCCUGCAAGUUUUGAUCUAGAUCUGUUUAACUAUGGUGACUAACCAACUGUCACAUAAAUCUGAGUUUAGUUUUGGAAAUAUACAUUUGUAUUAAAGAUUGUGGAGUUCUAUUGAACUGAAUAUGUGAAGCUAUGCUAAACUGAGUAGGACUAUGGGGUUUUGGUACUUUGAUCUAAUGGGGAAUGACUUGAUUCCAGCAAAUCAUCAUUUGACUAAUAUAUGACUCGGUCAAGAUGGCUACCUACUUUUUCUUUCUUGUACAUUUCAGAUAGCAUAUUUUUCAAUUUAUGUAUGACCACCAUUUGUUGCAGUUUGCUGUACACUCCAGUCGUACGUGAUGUCUAACUUGGACCUAUGUAUUCACUUGCUAACCAAAAUGAUGUUGCAUCCCAUACUUUUCCGGAAAAGAAACAGGGAAAGAAAAUUGUGACUCUGCAACAUAGCAGCAUUAUUUACUACUGGGAAAUUUGCUCAAUCACUGUUUUAGAAGGAAGAUUUUAGCGAAAUCUUGUUUUCAGAUUUGUUGGCAUCUGAUGUCGCUUUCAGUUUUUCUCUUUGAUGAAAUAUCUUGCAUUUGUGAACAACUCGUGCCAUUUUGUGUUAUUCUUGAUGUACAUGUGAAGUGGACCGCUUCGCUACUUACAUAUUCUUCUAAGGUGCUCCUCAACUAAAGCGGCACUUUUUUGACUGAAGGGAUGGUUUUUUCUUUGCUGUCAAAGAAGUUUCUUUGCUUGACGAAGGGCCCAAUGCGCAGCAAUGCAUUCAGCAACUUGAAAAGGUGAGAGGAGGUUUUGUGUUUUUGAUACGGCUUUGACUUUGUAUUAGACGUUUUGCACCUAGCUUUAAUCUGUUUCCUACUUUUAUAUCUUCCUGGUCCUCAGGAUAGGAUCGACUGUAGUAGUUUUUGCCUAUGUUUUCCUUGUGACAUUGUUAGUUUUCUAUCCUUUUUGUCUUGGCAGGAAAUUGAACUUCUGAGCCAAUUCGAGCAUGAGAAUAUUGUCCAAUAUCUAGGGACAGCCAAGGUAUGUGCUGCAACUUCUGGGUUGUGUGAAUCGUUUAUUCUUGAAUCUCUGCUGCAUAUGAUACAUGAGUAUGAGAAAAAAAAUUCUACGUCAUUACUUUUAUUAAUUGCAUCAUCACCAUUCAUGAAAUGUUGCUUGGGUAUAAAGUUUCAUACAGGAGGGAGGAUGGGGGGAUAUUCUAGGAAGGAAAACAGAUGGGACAAUGAAUCCCCUAAGGUUUGAGAUGGGGAGCCAUCACAGCCAGAGCUGAGAGCAUCCAUUUGGGAACGUUGAUGGGUUGUAUGAGCACAAGAUGCCAACAUCUCCUGAUAAAAUAAAGCAAUGAUGUACUAGAUUUCUGAUAAAAGGAUACUUCCAAGGCACCUGUAGAAAUAUGGUGAGAUUUCAGUUUUGCCAAGAGGUAGGUCACUUGAGUUGAUCCUGUAUCAUCACUCAGCAUGUGACCAUCACACAGGUGUUGUGAAGAAUUUUCUUCCUUAUUUGAGAGGAUAAGUUGACAUUAGAAGAAAUUUAUAUUUUCUUCUGGCCACCACUCAGCAUGUGCCACUGGCCAUUGCACCGUGCAAUAACCCGUUUUUAGCUAGUUUCCCUCUGAUAAAUAGAGGACUGCUGUGUUGUAUAGAACGCCGUUGGAGUUUUAUUUCGUUUAUUAUUUGAAUAUCUACAAUCAUUCCCCUUUUUCUUUACACUGCAGUGAGGUUUUUCUUGGCUGGUUGAUUUGGUUCUGGUCUAGGUUGGAUUAAUCAGCCGAUUCAGCUGUUCAUUUUCUCUGAGCAGUUCAUGGUUUUGACUAGAAGCCAUCCCACAAGCACUUUUGCAUACGUAAAUGUAUGGAUGCUCAGAGAACGUAGUACCUAGUCUUUCCAGGUGUGGUUACAAUCUUUACCACCUAGUCUUUUCUUGGUUGAGAAGACAAAAAAAGAGGAAAGGAAAACGUACAAGGGGGAAAUCAUUAUAAGGUUGGAGCGGAAGGGGCAGACAGAACAACAACUCAGUGAACCCAUGUUGUGGCUUAAAGGAGAAGGAGAAUCAUUGACAGGCCAUUGAUGGCACGGGGCGAUAGUUUACUUUACUUUAGAUUAUUCAUGGACCAAGACCUCAAGGGAGGAGACAAUAUAGCUUUUUUUAUCCCAUUGCUAAGAACAGGAUCAGAUGUGACGUUUUUGCUCUGUGGGCUGUACGGUUUUCCUCUGAUCUUUUCCUAGAAUUUCGAACUGGAUUAAAGAUAACCUUCUGGAGCUUGGAACGGAGUUCUGUGAAGGGAAACCUUAUUUGAUGAGUGCGAAAUAAGACUUGAAUUUUAAAAAGUAUUUUAUAUCCUAGAAAAGAGGAGCGAGGUUGUUUCAUGUUUACGUUCAUGUUCUUACUGAAAGAUUAUGGAAAUCCACAAUAGAAAGUGUGGUAAACUGCUUGAUAACAAAAGGUUAGUGUUUUUAUUGAAGAAAAAUAAAUCCAAGAGAAAUGUAAUAUGAUGAACGCUUGAAAAUUUUCUAUUGUGCAUCAAAUAUUUCCAUUUCUGAGCACUGCCCCAGUCCUGGCCUGGACUGUCAUUUCUUCUUCAUCCUACAUCUUUUAUUUCGUCCAGUACGGAAGGUGGCAUACACCAUGAGGAUGCACUUCUCAUUUGGGAGCAUAAUCAUGAUUUCAAUAUCGUGGCAUCAAAUAGAGACAAGUACAUCAAAGGGUUUGGUGCACCUAAUAUAGGCUAACUCGUCAUUUUGUGACCUAUGUAUGUAUAUCUUUUUCUUUUUCCUUUGCACACUGAACUGUUUUUUGGAAAGAGUUAGAAGACCCCUUUCUUGGAAGAUAGACGAUUUGGGACUGGAUCCGUGGAAGAAAAGUUUCAGCUGCUAGGAUGUCCGGGCGCUUCUAUGCACUCAUCAGAGAAAAAUAUUUGAUUCUUGGGAAAUUCAGAAGAAAUCUUAGGAUGAAGAGACCGUUCAGCUUAAAGUUCUACUCAGGUUUGCUGCAGAAAACCAUUAGCUGUGGCAUAGACAAACUUGUCAAAAUGGAAAUAGAGAAACAGAUCUAGGUCUAGAGUUAAGCUGGUUUAUUACAUCUUAGUAGAUGGACGUAAGAUGCUUCCUAUCUUUCGGUAGAUCACUGUUGAAAUUGAAGAUUCUGAUUCUUAGGAUCUAAACUGAGACUUCCCUAUGUGCAAUGGAUUAGCUCCCGCUGUGGGUGAUGUAUCUCUGUGUCGUCUGCAUGAAUUCUUUUCCUAGGAGGUCAUUUUCACUUAAGUUUGACCGUAACAAUCUCAUAGAAUAGGUCUUCAAUGAGUUCUUUCAAUUGAGGUGGAAGCUCUAUGGGCAUAUUUAGUCAGAACUGAGGGCUCAAAAGCUGGUCGACUGCCUAGGUGGCUUAUCCCGCAUAUGACUCUUUGGGCUAUCUUGAAAGAGAGGAACCACGUGAGAUGUGGAAAAUGGAGCUGUUGGCGGACGGAUGGUUACUUUCGUAUGUUAUAUAGAAUAAGGGCGGACUAGACCUUUUUCUGUGAUGGGCCAAAAUCGUGCUCUUCGUUCUUGAAAGGAUGAUAUGAUUUUAGUGUAGUCUUUUCCCACAGUUCCCUAGACUAAAUAGGUUUUGUGCAAAGAAUCUUUCAAGAGCAUCCAAACACUGCACAUGCAAAUAUUUUUCCUUUUAAAAUCUGGCUAAUACUUGACACUACCCUCUCUCAAAAAAUAACUUUUUUUCCUGAAUGAUCAAUGCUGUAUCUUUCUCCUAAGAUAUUUGUGCCCUUGAAAAGGCCAGCCUAUCCAUCUUUCAGGCAUCAAAAUACGUUUAAGGGGUGAAUGAUUACCACAAGAGAUCCCAGCAUAUCAUACUGUUCACGUUCUUGAAAAUCAGCACUCCUCCAAACCCAGAAGUCGAAUGCCCCAGUUGAAAGGAACAUAUCAUAUGUUGCGUUUCCUGUUAAUUCAAUGCUUGACAACAGUAGUAUUGUUAAGAUCUGAAGUUUAUGCAUGCUGAUUUGAAGCCCAUCAUUGUAUUUUACCCAGUCCAGGUCCUGGUUUUCGAACUCAGCCAACUCCCGAUAUCAAGCAGCUUGUUUUAUCGGGGCUUGGGGAUCACUGGUCACCUCAAUUAGAUCAACAGACUUGAGUCUGGGUGGGCCUGUUAAGAUCUUUCCACAAGUAGUUCAGGGUGGGCCAAAGAGGAUGAAAGCUGACAAAAAGUAGAAAAAGAAUCUUGUAGGCUGCAUCUGCUCGUUACUGCCUGCUGUUCUUUUCUUAGAGCAUGCAUCUGCUGUCUUUACUUGCUUAAUUAUAUGCUUUGGGGGAAGCGUUCUCAGAAAUUUUACAUUGUAUCGUAAAUAUCUUUACAUGUUUCAUCUAAUAUUAUGUGGGUCGUGUAUAAAAUUUCAGGAGGAAGCGACGUUGUACAUUUUCCUAGAGUAUGUUACUCUAGGUUCUCUAUCAUCUCUUUAUCAAAAAUAUGAAUUGCGCGAUCCCCAAGUAUCAGCAUACACGAGACAGAUUUUACAUGGUUUGAGAUAUCUGCAUUAUCGAGAUAUUAUUCACAGGUUAGACCACUCUUCACAUUUUUAUUAGCUUGCCACUUUGGCUUUAAAUAGCUGUGCUGGGGCAUGUUGACCAUCACUUUUAUAAUUGACCAAUGGCUGUGUAAGUGAGAUUUUGAUGUGCUGAUGGCCGUUUGAACUAUAGGAAUUCCUAGAUUGAAUGUCGUGAAUUGCUGUCAAUAUGCAUUUCAAAUUAUCAUUUUACCAAUGAUUAGUUUCAAACCUUGAAAACGUUGGUCAGCGACUAAAAUAUAAGGUACAAGCUAUCUUUCCAUAGACUAAUAUAAAGGAAAAAAGUAGACAGAAAUGUAGGAGCACAUGAGGUUGGCAGCAGUGGCACAUAUUUCGGCAUCAUCUUAUAUCAGUGAUUGUGGUGCUGGUGACAUCAACAUAGUGGGGGGUGGUAGCAGCAAAGUGACAGUCACAUCAUGGUUUUUGUCACUGGACAUGGAAGAAUAGGAAGAUAUGGCUCAAGUCCCUAUGGUGGCCCCAAACACUUUUCCUUUUGCCAUGGUCACUCUUCUGAAAACGUACAGGAUUGUGUACUCAGAUUUUUUGUGAUUGUGGUCUGGUUAUAUUUGUUGUGGAUAUCCUUUGUGCCUUCUUGUUUGAACCAGUAUCAUUGCUCAGAUGUAAUGAGAAGAAAAAAAUAGCACAAUCAAUAAUCAACAUAAUCCUUACAGUAGAGAGGGAAUGAGCCUAAUCAUAUGGGUAAUCAAGAUCACAGAGAAGAUGUGAUUACCUAAGGCAGAAUACUUUGGUACUAUCCACUUUAAAACGAAUCCUUAUAGCAGUAUGACUUCAGAAAGAAGGUUGAGAGCAUUCUCAAUCUUUCAUUUCGAAGAUAGUGCUUUGCAAGCUUAAAACUAUUUGAUCAUCCGCCCCUCCCCCGCCCCCCCCCCACCAAUCGAAAAAGUAAAGAAAGAAAAGGGAAAAAAAAAACCUUUUUUUUUGGGGGGUGGGGGGGCAGAAAGGUGAGCUUCCAAGUGCAGUUAUUAGGAACACAAGAAGAAAUCUGUCAACUCCCCCCUCCUCUCCUUCCUCAAGAAAAUCUGCUAAUAAUCAUACAGUCAUACCCACGUAUGAAGCCUCCGUAUACACUAUUCAUGGGCGCAAAUGUUAUGUUACACAAUCCCUUAUGAUGAGUCACAGAAAACCUUGUUUGCACAUGAGUGAUGAAAGUGAACUUUUUUAAGAUUAACUUUAUUUCGACUUUCCACAAAUCAAAUGCUGUACUAGAGAAUGAAAAUGUUGUAUGACUCUGAUAUUAUACACUGCUUUUAUUUCGUGGAAGUAAUUUUUUUUUUCUUGUUCUGCAGAGAUAUAAAAUGUGCAAACAUACUUGUUGCUGCCAAUGGAUCGGUUAAACUUGCAGAUUUUGGAUUGGCGAAACAGGUUGGUUUCACCGUUACGUCAUUUUCUGUGUUUUUUGAGACUGUUGAUUUGGAAAACGGAGUAAUCACAUCAUUUCAUUGGUUUUCGCUUUGUAUCAGACAACCCAAUCCACCAAUCUGAGGUCCAGCAAAGGAACUGUCUUCUGGAUGGCUCCGGAGGUUAGCACUUUUUCAUUUUUAAUUCGUUCCUUACCUUCUGAAAUAUAUAAUCUGUGCCUGUUACUGUUUAAUGUUCUUCGUGUCUACUGAAAGUUGAUUCCCUUCCAUCUUUCAAUGAGGAUGAUCUUGAUAACGUUUACAUGAUAUCCUUUUGCCAUGGAAAUGGCCAUAAUCUUUGUCGAUAAUUUUUUUUUCUAAUUUCUAAUGAACAUUAUCAUUAACACUGAGAUGCAACGUAUAUCAGGAACUUUCCCUUUUUGUCUUGUCGUUGACUAAUUUUGUCAAUGGGAUUUUAGGUGGCUAAUCCUAAGGGAACCUAUGGGCCUUCAGCUGAUAUAUGGAGCCUUGGAUGCACUGUGUUGGAAAUGUUGACUCGGCAUCAUCCUUUCCCAGAUCUUGAUUGGGUAAAAAAUACAUUCGUUUGAGCUACCGAUGCAUUAGUUGACCUUCAAUUUCCUGCUCAUGCAUUUUCCUUCCUGCUUUAAAGGACCGAGUUUGACUAUUUAAGUUAUACACCAUCUUGACAAGUCAAUUAGAACCGGGAACGUUUUACCUUACCCACUUACGUUUCCUGGGGGAAGGGAAAUAAGAAAUGGGCUGAAUCCAGAACUGGGAGUGGAGUGUUUCUGGAAGAAAACAUGUAAAGGCAAUGAGUAGACUCAAGCCUUAGUAGCAUAGUUUUGGUUAUUUGAGUCAGAUAACCAUGUGCUGAUGUGGAUCACAGAGUCAACGCAGGGAAUAAGCUUGACGGGAGUUAACGAGAAAACAGGGCUGGAAAAUGAAGAACAUAUCAAUCUGAUCCCCAGUCAGCGUUCACCUGAUCAUGCCCACUAAAGAAUCAGAAAAUAGGAAAAAAAAAAAAAGAAGAAGGAAAAAUAGCCGGAUGAGGAAGGAUCUACGGAUCUGAAAUCUGGGUUCUUCCCUGAAUCUGGGUUGCAUCAAAUCUAGCUUCUUAUUUUGAAAAUUCAUAUUACAUGUCUGGAAUGUUCUGCAUGGAUUAUGAGUACUUGCAAAGAUUUCAUUUUCGUCCCUUUGUGAAAUCUCACAGAUUCAAGCAAUAUAUUACAUUGGUCAAGGAGGUCAACCCCAUAUCCCCGAAUCAUUAUCCAGAGACGCCCGUGACUUCAUUCGGCAAUGCACUCAAGUCAACCCAGAGGAACGGCCAUCCGCUGCCAAGCUGUUGGACCACCCUUUUGUGAAGAGACCACUGCUGUCCGCUUCAAGCUCUGAUUCUCCGGCUCACUAUGGCUACAGGCGAAAUUGGCUGCAGCCUUAG